UUAGAUUGUAAAACUUGUUAAUGCACAGCUCCCUGCUCCCUCCCUCCCCUCUCCAGGAGCCGUGCCGAGCUGCGGGGUUGGGACAUUCCUGGUUUGACGAGCAGCCUGGCCGCUGCCAUGAUUUGCUGAGCAACUCGACACUGACUGCCUUCAAAGAUGCGUGUGUGGAAGAGGCAGCAGUAGAGACGGAGACGGAGAGCUGGAGGAGUUGCACUAACGGGAGACAAACAACCGGGAGCGGACUCCAAACUUGAGUCCAGACCUAAAGGGGAAGUUGGCACACCUUGGCCCCCGAAGCCUACGUUUGCUUUACGGGUCUUAGAAAAAAAAAAAAAAAAACUUUCCACCUCCGAGUCUUCAUGUUCCUGCCGUCACCUCGCACUUUGAGCCCGUUUCUAAUGGAGGGCCCUGCACGGAUUUGGGAUCAGAAUAAUGCGUUUUCUCGCUGCUGAGGGACCCGUAGCGUCGCAGCUUUCGCCCUCCUGGAAGAGAGGUUUUCUUAGUGGGCGAGGGCGUGUGCUCCAGGCAACACGGCGGCUGGUUGGGGUCAAAGGCCGCCAUGGACAGUGGCCUAAGGGUCCUCCUGUCCACUGUGCUGUGUCUCAGCCAGUUGCUGAUUAUCAGCUGCUCAUCUCAGUAUCCCUCUCUCCGCUCUGAGCCAACCUCUGUGGUUCAGACUCCAGGUUCUGCGGUUCAUCUGCAGUGCUUAGUAAACCCUCCAUCAGCGGCGGUUUCCUGGCGCUUCCGAGGCCUUCCCCUGGACCAGGACACACUGCCUGGGGUGGAACUCGGCCGGGGCUCCCUCAUCAUCUCCAGCCUCACGCCUGACCACGCCGGCAUCUAUCAGUGUGUGGCACGCUUGGGGCACGGGCCGGCAGUCGCCAGCCGCCUCGCCCGUGUGGCUUUAGCAGAAAUAUCAAAAUAUGAAGUUGGCCGACGGCGGCCCUUAUCGGCAGAGGAAGGCAGCACGGUUGUUAUUGAGUGUCCUCUGCCGCACAGCAGUCCUCCGGCUCGACCCAGACUGAAGAUCAGAGGCGACUGGAUUGAAAAGUCCAGAGAUAACUAUUUAAUACUCCCAUCUGGCAACCUGCAGAUUAUCUCUGUGUCAGCCCAGCACCAGGGCAUGUAUAAAUGUGGUGCAGUGAACCCUGUUACUGGGGAAGCUGUUGUUCAGUCUCAUGGGGUGAAGCUUUCAGUUAGACGGCCCUCCUCAUCUGUUCGGAUAGUUUAUCCCUCCGCUCCGGUGACGAUUUCAGUGCAGCAUUCGCAGUCGCUGACGUUGGAGUGUGUCGUGUCUGGGAGUCCUGCACCUGCAGCUAAGUGGUUUAAGAAUGGCAAGGAGGUCACCCUGGGGCCUUCUCACCAGACACAGCACAACAACCUGGCUUUUGUUCGGCUGAUGAGGAGCGAUGAAGGAAGGUACAGCUGCAGGGCUGAGACCGAGCGAGGGACUCUGAUCAGCCCUGAUUACACUGUGAAUGUUCUUGAGCCCGCCUCUGUGGUUGAUGGCCUGGACAAUCAGCUUGUCCCUUUUGGCUCUUCUGCUCAUUUCACCUGCGCAGCAAGAGGAAACCCCUCCCCGAACAUUACCUGGCUGUUUAAUGCCGAGCCAGUCGCUCCAUCGCAGCGCUGUCAAAUCUCCGGAUCCUCGCUCGUGAUUGCAGAUGUGACGGCGCAGGACGAAGGAGUGUACCAGUGUCUGCUGGACAACGGGAUCGGCUCUGCGCAGUCCCAUGGGAUCCUCACCGUACAGUCAGGUCCAGAUCUGGGAUCCACUGCCGGUGUGCUGCUUGAAGCUUCACCGUCGCUUCAACCGAUUCAAAGCGACGAAGGCGACGAUACCUUCCUGGCCGAAGACGACGACCUGUUUAACCCGCCGGCCGACAGGAGUGGUGACCGCUCCACUCCGGAGGCACCAAUCAUCAUCAGCCCGCCGCAGACUCACAAGCCGGAUGUUUACGACCUGGAGUGGAGGGCGGGUCGCGACGGAGGGAGUCCCAUCAGCGCUUAUUUUGUUAAAUACCGCAAGGUUGACGACAUGGGAACGCUGGUGGGAAGCUGGCACACGGUCAGAGUCCCCGGCAGCGAGAAAACCCUGCGGCUGUCGGAGCUCGAGCCCUCCAGCCUCUAUGAGGUCCUGAUGGUGGCUCGGAGCUCAGCAGGCGAGGGUCAGCCAGCCAUGCUAACGUUCCGCACUGGAAAAGAAAAGACCAGCUCUUCCAGUAAUAAGAAUUCUUCCAAGCCUUCCAUCAUCCCAAUUCCACCCAAGGUUCCAGAAGACAAACCUACAAAGACAAUCUAUGGAGUUGUCCUGCACGACAGGGUUCCUGAGGCUCCCGACCGUCCAACCAUCUCCACGGCCACUGACAGUUCGGUGUACGUGGCAUGGAUCCCGCGAGCCAACGGUGGCUCUCCGAUCACAUCAUUCCGUGUGGAGUACAGGCUCGGACGCAUCACGGAGUGGCACAAGGCGGCAGACAAUAUCUCACCUCUGAAGCUGUCUGUGGAAAUCCGGAAUCUGGAGCCUGGGUCCACCUACAAGUUUCGAGUUCUGGCCUCAAACACAUACGGCGACAGUCUCCCCAGCACUCCUUCGAAGCCGUACCAGGUACCCCCGGCCAGCCCUCGCAAGGCCGACCGUCCGGUGGUCGGACCUCACAUCUUAGCGACAGACGCCAUCAGUGACACACAGAUCAUGCUGCGCUGGACUUACGACCCCUCAAGUAACAACAACACGCCGAUCCAAGGCUUCUACAUCUACUACAGACCAACAGACAGCGACAAUGACAGCGACUACAAGCGAGAUCUGGUGGAAGGUGUGAAAACCUGGCACAUGAUUGGCCACCUGCAGCCAGAGACCUCUUAUGACAUUAAAAUGCAGUGCUUCAACGGUGGUGGGGAGAGCGACUACAGCAACGUCAUGAUCUGUGAGACCAGAGCUCGUCAGUCUCCAGGCUCGCCCAGUCAGCACCCCUUCACCCCUCCUGGUCCGCACCCUCCAGACCCCCCGAGCCCCCCUGGAGGUCUGCUGUACCGGAUUGUGGGCUGCGUGCUGGGAGUGAUGGUGCUCAUCCUGCUGUCCUUCAUCGCCAUGUGUCUGUGGAGGAAUCGGCAGCAGAACAACAUGAACAAAUAUGACCCUCCUGGUUACCUGUACCAGCCGGCAGACCUAAACGGCCACGUUCUUGAGUACACCACGCUGACGACAGGUGGUGGUCGCAUGAACGGAGGCGUCCAUGGGGGCUACAGUAGCCAGAUGCUACCUCAGGGGUGCCAUCACCUCCACCACAAAGUCCCCAACGGCUUGGCGCUUCUCAAUGGGUCCAACGGCUUCAUCUCACCUGGCCACCCACACGGCCACGAAGGCUCGCCGCCUCACAGUACCCACGACUGCGAGCACUCACACUCUCACCACCACCUGAAUGGUGGAAACAUGUACACAGCUCUUCCACAGAAGGAGACGUCGGAUUGUAUGAGCUGCCAGAACCUCUGCAACAACAACAGAUGCUACAAUAAGACCAACGCCGCUCUACCCUUAAUGCACCGCAUGGCUCCCUGCCAGCAGGAUGGGCUGGAGAUGGUUCCUUUAGGCCAGGUUUCCCCACAGUGCCACGUCUCGGAUCCGGAGGCUGACGCAGGCUUCCAGACGCCUGACGGGAACAGGGAGUCCUUGCCCUCCCAGCAUUCCUGCUGUCUGAUCCGGAACAAUGAAAACUCUCCAGGGGAUAGCACUGUCGAGGAGGAACAGGAGGAUCGCGUGGUUUCCUGGGACGGGCUUGGCCUGCCGGACUUGGACUGCGACGAGAAGCCCGGGUGGAUCUCCAAGACCAGCCUGGUUAGAGAGCUGAUCCAGGCCGGGCCGCAGGAGGCCUGAGCACAACCCGGACACCAGUGAAGAAACCGGGAGGUGGGAGGACGGCGGUGGAGGACAGUCAGAGACACUGCAUGUUACGGUGAAAAGGACUCAGAACUGUUGGACUGAGACGAGAUGAGUGAUGUCAAGGAGUGAAAAGACUCGGAGAUGAAAAGGAAACAAAAAAAACAAAAAACUCUUCAUCCCACUGGAGGGAAAACUCAUGAAACAUCAAGAACUUUUUAGAUGACUUAUUUAUUUUUUGUAGUAGUGAAAUAUUAUUUCAUAUGAAUGUAUCUGUUUAAAAAAAAAGUUUUCCUUUUAUAUUAUUUAUGCCUCUUGGAUGAGAAAUAUUUUUUAUUUUUGUUGUUUUGUCCCUUGGUGUCCCACUCCAGAUGGAGAUUAGCGACUGUCUGUGUAAAGUUUUGUAAUAAUAUAAAAAGAAGAUAUGGGAGACAAGCGGCAGUCCCCUCAGAAUGUCUUUCUUUCCCUCCUUCAUGUGCAGGGCCCGCUGAAUUUCCCAGCUGCGAUCCAAACCCAUCCAUAUUUCUGGCAGGCCUUUGAUGUGGCUCGGCAAUGGGCUGUUCCACUGCAGUGACCCCUGAACGCCGGGAACACUCCCUGUACUGUUCAGAUCAGGCCGGCUGCUCCGUGCUUCGUUGGAUACUCGAUAGCUCAUCACUUUCCACAAAAUGCACGGUUGCUUUGAGAGCAGCGUUGACCUUUCUGGCCCCAAUCUGUUGGAGAAGUGAAGCAGUUGCAUUAACACUGAACCCCAAUGUCCGACCUGCCCUCUGAUACUAAUCUGUGGAUGCUAAAGGAUGUAAAGUGUGUUCACACAGCAAAUCUGCAACCAAACCAUGAAAAAAGAUUAGCAGCAAACGAAAUAUAUGGAUUUAGACAUAAACUAUUGACGUUUUUGGUCUUGAAAUAUUUUAUGUGCUGAUGCGAGAUUGUGAUAUUGGGUGGAAAAACAUGGUUUUCUGGUGUCAACACAAAGAAUUAAAGAAAAGCUAAAUAACGUUA